AUGGCGACUAGUAGCGAUAGCGUUGAACUCGAAUUUUGGCACAAAAAUAUAACAAAAAUACCCAAAGUUACAAACUCUUUUGUUGAGGAUUUUGCUGAGAAGAACCUACCGAUCAAAGCCACUGUAACAAGAGGAUAUAAAUUCUUUCACGAAGAAUAUAUUCACGAUAUUGAAGGUGAGCCUCGUUGACCUCGUGGUAGCUUUCUUUGUUUGACUGUCUUUCCAAUAUUUUGUUUCUGUGCUCAGUGUUUUGAGUUUUAACUCUUUUUUUCUCGGUUUUUAACAGUAAAACUUUGCAAGGAAGAGGAUUCAGGAGUAGUGGCUCGGGCUAAAUGCUUCAGAAGUAUGAAAAAGAACGAAGAUCCUCACAAGUUGUCUGUUGUGUUCGAGAGCUCCUCUAUUGAGGCUAGCAUCAACAAGUAUAUGUGUAGUUGUGCUGCUGGACAAGGUCUUUGCCAUCAUGUUCUUGGAUUGCUCUAUACUCUUGCCCAUUUCCAGCUAUUAGGCUUAAAAAGUGUCCCGCCAAUGGUUUCUAAAACAUCAAAGGCACAGGUAAAAUUUAAUAAUAAUAAUAAUAGAUUUGAUGAUAAACAAUAAGAAAAAACAGUCAUUAAUGUAUAGAGAUUUGACUGUAUCUUACCAAUAUUUUUCCUUAAAAACUCCUUUUAAUCACACUGCUGUUUUUAAACAUAACACAAUAAGCAAUUUUGAAUUCAUAUAGUAUAUUUGUAUAUUAUUUUUUUGCAGAGAUGGCAUAUCCCCAGUCGUAAAGAGGGCAUUAAAGCAAGGCCAGUGACAGAUUUGAUUAUACAAAAGUCAAAGCCAAAAGAUAAAUUGCAUGAACCUAAAAAAAGAAGAGAAAGGUGUGUGGUGUGGCAAGCACGAUCUACAAACCCUUCCAGCAAUCAUUAA